AUGUCUAAACGAAUACGAAACAGCGAGGUUUGCGCGGAUUGCGGUGCCCCAGAGCCGCGUUGGGCGUCAGUAAACAGGGGGGUUUUAAUCUGUGAUGACUGCUGUAGCGUUCACCGCAGCCUGGGCCGUCACAGCUCCCAAGUCAGACACCUCACACACUCCUCCUGGCCUCCCACACAGCUACAGAUGGUACAGACCUUAUACAAUAACGGUGCUAACGCGAUAUGGGAGCACUCUAUUUUAGACCCUGCAUCGGGAACGGGCGGGAAACGCAAAGGGAACCCUCAGGAUAAAGUCUACCCAAACAAGGCAGAGUUUAUCAGAGCGAAAUACCAGUUACUGGCUUUUGUUCAUCGGGGGCCUUGUCGGGAUGAAGACAGCUGCACAGCAAAGGAUUUGAGUAAGCAACUCCACUCGAGUGUUCGGACAGGUAACCUGGAGACGUCGCUGCGUUUGCUGUCCCUCGGAGCUCAGGCCAACUUUUUCCAUCCGGAAAAAGGCAACACGCCCCUGCAUGUGGCCGCCAGGGCGGGGCAGGUCUCACAGGCAGAGCUGCUGACCGUGUACGGGGCCGACCCUGGCGCUCCAGACAGCUGCGGCAAGACUCCCAUCGACUACGCAAGACAAGCUGGGCACAAUGACCUGGCUGACAGACUCGUCGACAUACAGUACGAGCUAACAGACAGAUUAGCAUUCUACCUCUGUGGAAGAAAACCCGAUCAUAAAAGUGGACAACACUUCAUCAUACCGCAGCUUGCUGACAGCAGCCAGGAUUUGUCCGAGCUGGCAAAAGCAGCGAGAAAGAAACUGCAAUCUCUCAGCAAUCAUUUGUUUGAGGAGCUGGCCAUGGAUGUGUAUGAUGAAGUGGACAGAAGAGAAACAGAUGCCGUGUGGCUGACAACACAGAACCACAGCACGUUGGUAACGGAGGCCACCGUUGUCCCUUUCCUUCCUGUCAACCCGGAGUAUUCAUCAACACGAAACCAGGGAAGGCAGAAACUUGCCAGAUUCAGCGCACAUGAAUUUGCUACGCUGGUCAUUGAUAUCCUGAGCGAUGCGAAACGUCGACAGCUGGGAAAUCCGGUGACUAGCCCUAAAGAGACCGUGGAACUUCCGUUUAGGGGUGUGGCCAGUCGUCACGGCAGCGAAGACCAAGACAACGACCAGCCAGACUAUGACAUCGUGGCGUCCGACGAGGACACAGACAUUGACCUGCCCUCUGGCAAAGUAGACCGGACCAAGAGCCUUGACUCCGACUUAUCCGACGGGCCAGUCUCGAUGCAAGAGUUUUUGGAGGUGAAAAAUGCCCUCUUGGAGUCUGAGGCGAAGAUCCAGCAGCUCAUGAAAGCCAACAACACUUUGAGCGAUGAACUGCAGCUAAUGCAGAAAAAGCUUCUCUCGCUGCAAAGCGAGAACUCCCACCUCAGGCAUCAGGUCACUACCACCCAUACCUACCAGGCCCCCAGCGGGCCAGACUACACAGACCCCUCCAGCCCUUCGGGCCUUAAACGCCGGGCGUCCGCGGCACGAGCCAGCCGGCCCACGUCUAUGUACGAAACGGGCUCGGGCCUGAAACCUUUUCUCCCUAAGGGAGAGAGCUCGUACCCUGAGGAAAACCUCCCGACCCUCAAACUUUUCCCACCUCAUGCCUCAAAGUUUGAAAAGCAAAGCAGCAUACAGGAAAGUGAUUACGACAACACAGUCAACAACUCUGACCUUGACGACUCAGGCCCAGGCCAGAGGGGACGGGCGCGGAGCAGCGGUUGGCUGGGGGAGAGCGGAUCCAUCCCCGAGCUUGACGAACUAGGGGCGGAGCCUGAGUCGGACUCCACCCUCCCCAGCACGGAGGACGUCAUCCGUAAGACAGAACAGAUCACCAAGAACAUCCAAGAGCUGUUGCGUUCGGCUCAGGGCAACAACCAAAACAGCUUUGUACCCUGUUCAGAAAGAAUUCUUGUGGCUGUGACAGAAAUGGCUGCCCUAUUUCCCAAGAAACCACGAUCAGAAACCGUGAGAAUUUCCCUGCGUUUGCUAAUAACCAGCGCAUGCCGGCUUCAGGGCGAAUGUAAGAAGGCCACGCCCCUCGAAGGCGGAACUGGGCCAGACAUGCAACUGGUCACCCAGCAGGUCAUCCAAUGCGCCUAUGACAUCGCCAAGGCUGCUAAGCAACUGGUUACCAUAACUACCAAAGAGAACAACAACUGA